AUGAGUGUUAAUAAUAUGAAUGUUUAAAAAAUUUAAUUAAGAGGCCCUUAUAAAAAGAUUAGCCCUGAAUUAAAAUUUUAAAUAAUCUCAGAACUUGAAUUUUAUAGUAUUAAAGAAUUGUCCAAAAGAUAUGGUAUAUCUAGAUAAACCAUAGCUUCAUUUCCGAAAGCUCGUGAACAUAUAUACGACAAAUUUAAGAAUAAGAUUUUAAAUCUACUCAAAGAAUUUGUUGAUAUGCGUUUGAAGAAUAAUGUUAAUUUUUCAGAGAAAGAAAUUUUGAUAGAUAUUGAUAUUUAUAUGGAAGUUCGAGAAUAUUUCAAAUAUUCUUAAUAUAAUCUAUUAAAAGAUUUGAUUCCAGUGACAAAGAGAAAUUCUCAGAAAAAGAGAAUUAUUGAAUUUAUAAGGGGUCGAUGUUUGUCUUAUUUUAAAUAAUAAAAAGAGCAACUUUCUUAAUAGUAGUAAUAGUAAUAGUAAUAGUAAUAUUAAUAGUAAUAAUAAUAGUAAUAGUAAUAGUAAUAGUAAUAGUAAUAGUAAUAGUAAUAGUAAUAAUAAUAGUAAUAGUAAUAGUAGUAAGUUAUUUAAUUCUAAGAAUCUUACUUAGAAUUGCCUUUUUGGUAUGUAAGUGAGAAUUCUGAAUAUUAUAUUCAUUCUGAUAAUGAUUGGGAUGCCUCAUUUUAAUGA